AUUACUUUUAAAGAUGAUACGUCAAGUAUUUAUGUUCCAAAAAAGUUAAGGUGUCUUAGGAUUAACUUAUAAAUUAUUUAAAUUUGAAGUGGUUUGUUUUAGAGAUUUGUAGUUAUGAAGGAGAAUGGUGGUAGAGGAUCAACUUCUCCAUGUGCAGCUUGUAAGUUGUUAAGGAGAAGAUGUACACAAGAAUGUGUUUUUGCACCUUAUUUUCCAGGUGAUGAACCACAGAAAUUUGCCAGUGUUCAUAAAGUAUUUGGAGCAAGCAAUGUCAGCAAGAUGCUUCAGGAAUUGCCAGAGUAUCAACGAGGUGAUGCAGUGAGUUCAAUGGUGUACGAGGCAAAUGCAAGAAUAAAAGAUCCAAUUUAUGGUUGUGUUGGAACUAUUUCAUCUUUGCAACAACAAGUUGACUUUCUCCAAACACAAUUAGCAAUUGCACAGGCUGAGCUAGUUCACAUGAAGAUGCAACAAUUCUCAUCCAUGUCCGGGGGUGGCACGGCCGUAAACUCGCCGGAAAACGUGUCGCCGCCGUCAUCUCGAUACUCACAAUCUUCCACAACCAAUUCUCUUUUUACAAUGGACAUGGUGGUGGACCAAGCCAAUAUUGGAGCGCCCUUGUGGUCGUGUUAGUUAGAGUUGGAUUUAAGAUUUUUAGUUUAUCGACAUGAAUUAAUAUGCCAAUGUACUAUUACUUGGUACAAUUAUAUAUAUAAGACAACUAGGUGCAUGAAGCAUCCCGCGUUUGCAGG